UGUAACUGACCACAAGCCUGAUGUGGUUACAAUCAUACAUGUGUUUAAUAACUGAGUAGACCUAGCAUGAUGGCUAUAUAAACCAGCAGCAGUACAUGAUCAGAGGUACAUCUGUUGAUCUUUCUUCACAGGGUAUCUACCUAUUAUGGAUAAAGCAGCCAAAGUAAUCCCAUAUUGUGUUGGUAAAUGGCUCCCAUCUGAUCAGGCAGUCCUUAACAAAUGGCUGCAAGAUCUCAUUGAAGAAGUUGAUGGGAAGGACUCUACUGAUGGUGUUGAUUUUGUUGAUGCAGCAGAUGAAGGCCUUGAGAUAGUCGGAUUAGAGCCACCAGUUAGAGAUCUUCAAGUCCUGAUAGAAACAGACUCGGAGGUUAACAUGUUCUUUCACCAAAUGUUUCGACAGAUCCCAGCUAAAGAUCCAACCGGUAAACCACAAAUUACCAACUAUCGUCUUAUGUUGCGUCUGAUAAACCACAUCAUGACCAAGGCACCAGAAUUCAACGAGUCUGGACUAGUUGGUUUUCCCAUCAAUGCUAUUCUAAAUUGGCCUAUGGGAACCACAGGAGGGUUUGCUGCCUUUUUGAAUGACAAAGUUAAUGUUCAUUUUAAAAACAUCCUCGAUCACUGGGCCAUCUUUCUUAAAUCUGAAGCAUCUCGCUAUGUCCUUAAUAAAGGAGAAAAUGGCUGGCUAGGAGAGGAAGCCAUGAGGCACAUGGAAGAUUUUGUCACUAAUUUCAAAUGUCAUCCAAAGGAAGACUACUAUGGCUUUAAAUCUUGGGACGAUUUUUUUACUCGGGAGUUUUGUGAAGGUGUUCGUCCUGUUGCUUCCCCUGAUGAUCCGCAAGUCAUAGUGAAUGCUUGUGAAUCUGCUCCAUAUAAGAUUCAGAAAAAUGUGAGACGCCGAGACAGGUUCUGGAUCAAAUCACAGCCUUACUCCAUCUACUUCAUGCUUGCUAAUAAUGAAUUAGCAGAGCAGUUUGUAGGAGGUACGGUGUACCAGGCUUUUCUCAGUGCAUUCAGCUAUCAUCGUUGGCACAGUCCAGUUGAUGGUACGAUUGUUAAAGCAUACGUUCAAAACGGUAGCUACUACUCUGAGGCUCAAUCUGAGAAAGAUGAUCCAGCAGGCCCCAAUUGGUCUCAGGGCUAUAUAACAGAAGUUGCUACCAGGGGGAUCAUCUUUAUUGAGGCUGACAACCCAAAGAUUGGUCUCAUGUGUUUCAUUGCUGUAGGAAUGGCUGAGGUGUCAACUUGCGAGAUUACCGUGUCUGAAGGAGAUCAAGUACAGAAAGGCCAACAGAUAGGGAUGUUUCACUUUGGUGGAUCCACACAUUGCCUUGUGUUCCGUAAAGACGUCAAUAUUACCUUUGAUCUUCACGGUCAGGAGAAACCUGGUUUAGAUGCUAAAAAUAUUCCUGUAAAUGCAAAGAUUGCUACGGUCCAGUAAACGGACAGUUUGACUAUUAUAUAAUUAUAGUUGCUGCAUUAGUUUGUUUGCUAUCAAUAUUGUAGUGUCUUAUUUUUGUAGUGCAAGUCAUUAUUAUGAUGAUCAUUUUUGAAAAUUAA